AUGGCUGUAACACGAAGAUCUACGCGUACUUCGACUGCUCAGGCGGCAAAUUAUGCGGAGUUGAGUUCAGAAACUGAUGGAAGGAAACCCCUAGGCCGACAAGGGACGCGUUCAAAACGCGCAAGAGAUGAGCAAGGUGGGAUCGAAGUAGAGAAACCGCCGCGGAAGAAAGCUGCUCAAAUAACAUCCGCCCGUCCCGCUUCACCAAAGCCGCGCAAGACUGCUACGAUUCCCACACCAGUGUCGGGGACAAACAGAGACGCAGAGGGUAACCAAGAGAUCUAUUGGCUACUGAAAGCGGAACCACUGCCAAGAUACGAAAACGGGGUGAAUGUGGCAUUUUCAAUCGACGACCUACAAGCCUGCAAAGACCCGGAGCCUUGGACAGGUGUGCGCAACCCCCAAGCCAGAAACAAUAUGCAAGCUAUGCGGAAAGGGGACUUGGGGUUCUUCUAUCACAGUAACGCAAAGCCUUCUGGGGUGGCGGGUAUCUUGCGUGUGGUCAAAGAAGCUGAGGUGGAUGAGACCGCCUUUGAUCCGAAGGACCCAUAUUACGAUCCAAAGAGCGAUAAGGAAAAGCCCAAAUGGUAUUGUGUCAGUGUUGAGUUCGUACAGAAGUUUGAUGAGGUGGUCGACUUGCACACCAUCAAGAGUUAUGCCGGAAAGGGGCAGCCGUUAGAGGGGAUGCAGCUGGUGACGAAUUCACGACUGAGCGUGAGCCGAGUCACGAAGGAUGAGUGGAAGUUCAUUCUUGAUUUGGCAGCAGGAAAGAAUCAAGAAAAGUCAGCAACGAAUGGCGCUUGAUGUACCGUUGUGGAUAUAUGGGAGAGACUCAAUCCCUCCUUAACCGAAAGACGUGAUCGUUGCAGUCACUGAAACUCUAUUGUCCAUACUCACUGAGCUCAUGGAUGCGCGCACCCGUUGCGCAACAUUGAACGGUGGUACACACAGCAUACUUGUCUUUGGUUAGCCCGCUUGUCAGCUUCACGAGGGACCUCUCGGAUCGAUAGUGUGCUAGGUCUACUGUGUCGUCAGCCUGUUGCGUUGGAUUUCUACCGCCUGAUCGCAUCGUGCGUAUAAAUUAGAUUAAUAACCUUUGCUAAGACUGUUAACAGCACGAUCCAGGU